CCAACAUCUUUUUCGCGAAGUUCUCGUUGGACACGCCACUUCUUUAUAAAUGAUUGUGCUAGAUGUAAAUUCAAGGUAUUGGUAGCGUUGACUUCUUCGCUUUGGAAGACUCUCUAAACCACAUCUGACUUGCGAGACUUGUUUAUAAGUUGAAAGCACUUUCGAGCCCAUCUAGGCGUUAUCCAAAGCAACCAGCACCGACGAGUUGCUUUGCAAUUGCAGGCGCUCCUCUAGCCCACUAAGUUCUUUUCGAGUGCAAAUCUAACAAAAUGUCGAAGCCAUGGGGCAUCCCCUAUCUCCUCCUGUUCUAUCUCUUCGCCCUUUCGAGCUGUCGAGGUGUUGAAAGAGCACAUAGCGGAACCGCUGCCCGCCAGGAUUUCCACAAUGAACUCCUCCGGCUUGAAGCAAUUGCCUUGACAAGGUUGCCAUGGAACAUAAAUGGUGUUUAUGGGCGGGAGGUCUUUGACCUCGGGGAAACGAAUGGCACCGCAAAUGCCUUGAGAAAACGUGUCGGCACCCCACCGGCCCCAGAGCCCGGCCAAGGGGACAUGGUCCUCAGUCUGUGGAGGAAUACCCAAUUCAAGGUCCCUGUCAACAACAUAUUUGUAAAUUUCGCUAUCACACCUGCUACAACCGUCGUCAUGACGACAGGCACAUGCUAUGGGUGUACAGCAGUAGUGAUGUGCUCGGCACCUGGCCAACUUUGCAUCUUUGCUCACUUUCGUCAGUCCAACGGUGUACCUAACACGUGGGCAUCAGGCGCCGCGGCGGAUACCGAUUUCUCCAUUCAUGUGAUGGACCCAAUCGACGACGCCAUCAACCAGUACAAAGCCCAGCUCGGAGCGACCCCAUUCUGUGUCAUCUUCACACCUGCUGCUGCCGGGUCAACAAGUGCAUUCUAUUACCCCGCGAGAAUCACGGGACCUGACAGCAUCAAUGGCGCCAUCCUCGCGGCCUUCCCCACGGCCUCGAUUCUGAACAUUGGAUACAACUACGCGGGCGCCCAGGGUGACUGGACCGAAGACAGGGCCUUCGGCAAGAUCGUGCUAGAGUGGAAAGGCUCCGCGAGUUCGUGUGCAGUAGGUGGGUCCUCUGUCCUGAAUGUCUUCGCGGAGGAUAACUGGUGGCAAUCCCUCCGGUUCGACGACAACGGGAAUCCAGUGAACGUAGACAAAACACCGUGCGAAUCACCUUCCGGCUCACAAGAUGGAUUUGACACCUAAUGCUUAAGAGUCUUGUAUUUCAUAGAAACACCGGAAUUGUCUCGGACUGUAGGACUUCUGAUUUGGCAGGCGUUGUUUGCACGUGGAUACGGGACACACAGACUAGGUCUUUGACACUUUCCCCCUUAGUUGGUUUCUCAUAGAAAAAAUUUGUGAUAUAAUGUCAUCGAGUCUAUUAUGCGGCAGUUACUAAAGAGUUCUAAAAAUAGAAUUGCAUAUAUUAGCCCUAGAAUAAGUAACUAUACUC